AGAGAGAGAGAGAGAGAGAGCGCGCGCGAAAUUCUCUCUAAAAAAAUGGAUACGCCGGAGAAGGUUCAGCCUAGCGGCUAAAUUCCCACGAUUCCGGCGAGUUCGUUGUUUUGUUCUUUCUCAGAAUUGUUCAACCAUGGCGACGGAGCUCUGACAGCUGAAGAAAAUCAAUGCCCCGACAUUGCCUUUAACUUCCAACAUAAAAUAUUCAAUUCAGUCAACACAUUGGUCCUUUCACACGAUUGAGACGCGGGAAAAGUAUCAUCUUGAUUACAGUUGAAAUUAUUAAUGUUUGCUUCGGAAAUCGUUUGGAUCUCUUCUUCGUGAAUUCCUCAAUUUUCUCCGCUCUCUCUUCCCCCAUCCUUCGAAACCCUAAAUUUCUUCUCUCGUUCUGUUUUUGCUGUUUUGCUGUUUUCUGUUCUGUAACCUUUUCCUUCUCUGUCUUGACCGAUAACAAUGGAUUUGCAGUACCCUCGUAACAGUUCCUUUAACAAGAAAAACUCCCUUUACCCCCAAGUGAUCGAUUCAAAUCCCGAUGCGCCUUCUACUUCCUUCGCCAAUCCUAAUCCGUCGUCGAACUCGAAUCUUUACCCCACUAUUGACAUGAAGGAUCUCGUGGAGAAUCUGUUUCCUGACGAUUUAGAUUACCGCCAUCCUCCGGCCGCUUCUGCUCCUCCCAUUGCGGCAGAAGAGACCCUCAUCAGAGUCCCUGGCGCGAUUCUUAACCUCAUUGACAGAAAUUACAGUGUCGAGCUUGCUUGCGGCGAUUUGACGAUUGUCCUCAUCCGCCAGGGAGAGAGUGUUGUUGCUGUUCUCGCGCGUGUCGCUGACGACAUUCAAUGGCCGGUGGCGAAGGACAUGGCGGCGGUGAAGCUCGAUGAUUCGCAUUACUUUUUCUCUUUUCGCGCUCCGAAGGAACGUGGUUCCGACUCGGAUUCAAGUGAUGAUGAGGAUGGGAAAAAGGUUUCGGAUGAUUAUCUAAGUUAUGGAUUGACGAUUGUUUCCAAAGGACAAGAGGGGCUGUUGAAGCAGCUGGAUGUGAUUUUGCAGAAUUUCAGUAGUUUUACGGUGCAGAAGGUGUCGGAGAGUGCGAAGAAGGGGGAGGCUAUGGAUGAAUCUCUGGCCAGGGAGUUGUCGCCGGAGGAUUUGCAGACAGAGAAGAAGAAAGAAAUGAUGGAGGGGAAGUGUGCGGGAUAUUGGACUACAUUAGCUCCAAAUGUUGAAGAAUACAAUGGAGUAGCCGCGAAGUUGAUUGCAGCAGGAUCGGGGCAAUUGAUCAAAGGGAUCUUGUGGUGCGGUGAUGUGACUGUAGACAGGUUGAAACAUGGGAAUGAGGUUAUGCAGCAGAGGAUGAGCCCCUGUUCUAACAAGGAGAUCAGCCCUGAAACCCUGAAGAGGAUCAAAAGGGUUAAGAGGGUUACAAAGAUGACCGAGAAAGUAGCAACUGGAGUACUGUCUGGAGUGAUUAAAGUUUCUGGAUUCUUUACGAGUUCUGUGGCAAAUUCAAGAGUUGGCAAGAAGUUUUUUGACAUGCUUCCUGGGGAAAUUGUACUAGCUUCUCUCGAUGGAUUUGGCAAAGUUUUUGAUGCUGUUGAAGUUGCUGGGAAAAAUGUCAUGUCUACGUCUUCCACUGUGACAACUGAACUCGUGACCAAAAGGUAUGGGGAGGAAGCUGCGAAUGCAGCAAGUGAAGGCCUCGAUGCUGCUGGACAUGCCGUUGGGACAGCGUGGGCUGUUAUGAAGAUUCGAAAAGCUCUUAACCCAAAAAGCGCUCUCAACCCAACCUCUUUAACAAAAGCAGCUGUUAAAGCCGCAGCUGAAGAGGCGAGGGCUAACAGAUCCAAGUAAAUUGUUGAGAAUUAUUUGAUAUAACUAAUAGUAGGCCAACUUUAUGAUGGGCAGCCCACUGGGUAGGUAGGACAAAAGCUUUCCAAAUCAUUUUCUUGAAGAUAAACAUCCUUCAGGAUCUUCCUCCAUCUUGUGGCAGGUAGGAUUUUGGGCUUUAAUAUCAUUAUUGUUUCUUUAAGAUAAAGAAUUAACUUCUUGUCUUGUUGUUCCAACAACUUGAUCUGGGAUUGCUUGGUAAUAUUAUAGAAUAUUUUUCUGGUA